UGACAUCAAGCACAGUGGUCGUUGGGGUAAGGGCAAUGGGAGUGUCAGAUUUAGACAGGCAGAUAGAACAGCUACGGAGGUGUGAGUACAUCAAAGAAGCAGAAGUCAAGGCCCUGUGUUCCAAAGCACGGGAAAUUCUCGUGGAAGAAUGCAAUGUGCAGAGAGUGGACGCACCCGUCACAAUUUGUGGGGACAUCCAUGGCCAGUUCUACGAUUUGGUGGAGUUGUUCAAGGUUGGGGGCGAUUGCCCAGACACCAACUACCUUUUCAUGGGUGACUUUGUGGACAGAGGCUUUUACAGCGUCGAAACUUUUUUGAUCUUGCUUGCUCUCAAGGUGCGCUAUCCAGACCGAAUAACUCUGAUUCGAGGCAACCACGAGAGUCGACAAAUCACACAGGUCUAUGGUUUCUACGAUGAAUGCCUGCGAAAGUAUGGCAGCGUGAAUGUGUGGAGAUAUUGCACAGAGGUCUUUGACUACCUAGCCUUGGCGGCACUGAUAGAGGAUCGCAUCUUUUGCGUCCACGGCGGGCUAUCACCUGCCAUCAACACUCUGGACGACGUCCGCAGUAUUGAUCGAAAACAGGAGGUGCCGCACGAGGGUGCCAUGUGCGACCUGAUGUGGUCUGAUCCAGAGGACCUUGAAGGCUGGGGUCUUUCUCCUCGAGGUGCCGGCUACCUGUUUGGUGGCGAUGUAGUCAAGGGAUUCAACCACACCAAUGGCAUCGACCUCAUUGGACGGGCACAUCAGCUGGUGAUGGAAGGCUACAAGACGAUGUUCAACGAGGCUCUUGUCACUGUGUGGUCCGCGCCAAACUACUGCUAUCGGUGUGGAAAUGUUGCGGCAAUCCUAGAGUUUGACGAGAAUCUGAAGCAGUCCUUCAGAAUCUUCGAGGCAGCCCCAGCAGACGCAAGGGGCGUGCCUUCCAGAAAGCUGGUGCCAGACUACUUUUUGUAGUCAUGAACAGCUGCGCGGCAUGCGGUAAAACAUCGUAGCCUGUGGAGUGAGAAGGGUGAAGCGAAGAAUCUUGAGUGAUGG